AUGCUCAUCUUCUGGACACUCUCUCUGGCCAUUGCUCUCUCUUUUCAUAUCUGCCCUUUGCCGGGGUACUUGUUUUGCGAUUGGUUCUACUGCAGUCUUCAUAAAAGAGUAAUCGCAAGAAUGGACACGAUCACCGAAUUGCUCAAAAACAUAGACCCAAGCCGUAUCGACGAGGCCCUGGCUCUGCUGCAAAGCCUCAAAAAAAACGCGGCACCACAGCAGCCGAGCAAUAGUCACGUACCUACAAGCAGCAACUCAGAGGCUUGCCACAGCUCUCCAGACCCUGAAACGCAGCAGCUGGCGGAAAAUGGAGGACAAAGCACCGAGCUCCUUACCGAGUCAUGGGCAGACGAGGAGAAUGACAUGCCACUUGCCUCCUUGGGACACUUGCUCUCACCUGAGGCGAAGAAAAAGGCUCGCGAUGCCCGUAGGGCUGAGCGGGAGGCGGAGAAGGAGGCGCGUCGGAGGAUGAAGGAAGAGGAGGCGGCCUUAAUUAAGUCAGAGCUUGACGCGCGCAAAGUCAUUUGCGAUGAGGAAAAGGAGAGUCGUCGCAUCUUGAAGGACACGGAGCGUGAGGCACGAAAGGCCGAGAGGGAGGCCGAGAGGGACGCGAGAAACAAAGCGCGUGAGGCAGAGAAGGCGGCUCUUAAAGUCCCGAAGGAGGCCCCUAAUAGCCUCACUCUUUUCGGCUUCCUGAGCAGCACUGUCAAAGCGGAGAGCAACAAGAACAGGUUAUUCUCUCCGUUUGUCCAAGACAAGCGAGUUGCUCCUGCUGCGCUGCAGUUUUGGAUGAGGCCGGAGGACACAAUUUCGCACAAUGAGGAGGAGACCUCGGUAGUGAACCUCUCUUCUCACGCGAUGAACGGCGGCGCGCGGCGAGACCCAGGGAAGACCAGGAGUCACAUGGUGGACGAAGAGUCCUCUCUGCUGCACCCGCCCAUGUACUGCGAUGAAGGCGCGCCUUCGAGGGCGAGGGUGUGCGUGCGCGACUUCAACGCCAUGAUUGAGGCUUCCAACGGGCAGGAGGUGCCAGUGCGCGACCUCCUGCGCCAGUGCGGGUGCGCUUUCCACGCGGCCGUUUCCGACCCAUACGCGUCUUUUGACAACGAGGUUGUGUUUGUUGGUUUCUUCGCCAUCGGGUAUGACCCAUGCCAGUCUCGCCCGCCCUACUUCGGCACCUACAACCAUCUACAGGAGGGUAACUUGAACGAGGCGGAGCUGCUGCAGAUGGGCCGGUUUCCGCUGCGACGCGGCAUUCCUCGCUUGUCGAACAUCGAUUACGAGUACGACUCGGGGGAUGACUGGGACGUCAUGGAGGGCGAUGAGGAUAUCGCCGCCUCCUCUUCGAGCGACUCGGACAAGGACUCCGGAUUGGACUCUCUCGACAGCAGCGACUUAGAGUUCAUCGACGACUCCGACUCCGACUCCGACUGCGAAACCCAGCGCAAGAUUAUGGAGGCGCGACAGCGUCGCCUGCAUCGGCUGCGCAACAAGAGCAAGCUUGUGCCGUCCUACAGUGGGCCGUUUGUCGGCAUUCCUACCGAUGAACACCCACUUCGAGGCUUCGACGAGCUGGAGCGCUUUGUCCCUCUGAACGCGGCGUACUUCUCUAAACUCUUGGAGAAUGAGCUGAGCACGUUCACAAGCGGGGGUACUGGCAUCCCCGCAAGUGACGACGAGGGCCUGAGCGCAGAGGAGAUGGAGGCAAAGCGGCAGCGUGCCUUGAUGGAGGCCGCGCUGAAGAACCGACGCGAAAUGACAGACACGGAGGUCAAGGCGCUGCACACCAUCAUCGCCUCGAACAGCAAAGUCUCGACGAAGAUGAUACUCGCUGCCUUCAAGCAGCAGCAGCUAUGCGUCGGGGUCGCAAGAGCCGAGAUUGAGCGUACGAUCAGGCGCUUUUACGAGCGUCGUCACCGUUCGCUCGUUCGGCGGGGUGAGGCAUGGUCUCCGACUGAUGAGCGACUCUUUGCACGCGUUUCCUCCUCGAAGAAGCCGAAGUUACCGGGAGGCGGAGGCACAGGUGUCGUGGCAGGCGAUGGGGAGGGCAGAAACAGAGACGAGAACGAGGAUGCGGAUGAUGACACCGAUAUCGAUGACGUCGCGGAGGCCACUGUUGAACGUGUUGCUGAGAUCGCUGAUGAUGCUUCUGCCAAGGCAAGCGAGGUCAGCGAUGGGACUGCGCCGGCGCCUGUGACACCGUCGGAGACUGUCGAAGAGGCGGGGCACCCAAAGCUGUCGCCGUCUAGUUCGGGCGAGGCGAAGGUGGAGCCUUGGAUCCCUAAUGCAACGCAUAUUACUCUCACGAAGCUUUUGCCGAAAGAAAGCGCUUCGACCUCCGUCAGGAUGGCGAAGCGGCCCCGCGAGGACGAACAGGCGGAGGAUCAAAACGACGGCGCCACCACUGCUACCAGCGAUUGA